GUGUAUACGUAUAAACUGAAAAAUUACAGAGAACGACACGAAUUAAAAUAGUAUACAUGUCUUGUCUGAGAUGAAUGAAUGUGUGUGCUACGGCACGGUUUUGCUUUGGUCCUAAAUGUGGAGGCGUGAUGCAUGUGGACAUUUGCUUGCAUAUACUGUUAACCUACUACUUUCCCAGUAAUUGUCUGUGCUUGAAUCUUGGUGAAAAUUGAAUUCUUGCAGCACUGUUUCUUUUGUAGUUUCUUGCUUUGGGAGUUAUGUUGGGAGGGGUUGAGACAAGAAAAGACGAGUUCUUGUGCUUGGAUUCUUGCACUUGAAAAUUGGAAUAUGGGGUUCAGAGAAUUUAGUACUCAAAGAAGCAACAAGCUUGAUUGUUGAUUGUGAGAAUAGAAUAGAUGUAAGUAUGGAGGAGAAAAAUAUUAACAAAGUAGAAGGAUUGGAUAAACUGCCACCGCCGGCGUAUUCAGUUGCUGUGGUGGCAGUAAGUGGAAGCAGAAAAAGCAAAUAUGUAGUCAAGUGGGCAUUGGAAAAAUUUGUCCCAGAAGGACUAGUCUACUUCAGAUUGCUGCAUGUCCGCCCGGUGAUCAAUCGAAUUCCAACUCCUAUGGGAAAUUUAAUACCUAUAUCUCAAGUUCGAGAUGAUGUAGCAACUGCAUUCAGAAAGGAAGUGGAAUGGCAAGCAACUGAAAAACUUCUGCCUUACAAAAGAAUGUGCGAUCAAAGAAAGGUGGAAGUGGAAAUUGUACAGAUUGAGUCAGAUGAUGUGGUGACGGCAGUAGCUGGGGAGAUUUGCAAACAUAAGAUCAGUAAACUUGUUAUUGGUGCUUCAUCCCGCAGUAUUUUCUCGAGGGCACGCACAUUGUCCGCAAAAAUAUCAGAAUGCUGUCCGACUUUUUGCACUGUAUAUGCUGUUUCUAAAGGAAAACUGUCAUCACUGCGGCCGUCAGAUUCAGAUACAAACGCAAGCUUUAGAGACGACAGUAGUGACACAAGUCAUUCUACUGAUAAUUCUUCAAGCAUCGCUUUGAGCUCACAAACAGACUGGACAGAGCAAGGCUCAGUUGGGUCAUUCUCUCACUUCCGCUCAGCUUCACUACCUGAGCAGCGCUUUCAAGCUCUUUCAACAAUAAACCAGACCCUUCUUCAUAAAAGAAUGCCUUCAAGUGGAAUCAUGCAUCCUAGAAAUUUCUCUCUGGAUACAGCUGGAAGGAGUUAUGAAACAAACAUUUGUCGCAGCGGUUCAUAUGCAGUCGACACAAUUAGCCAGGCCUCUAGCUUCACAAACUCAGAGGCAGAGAAUCCUUCAUGGGGUCAAGCUUCAACUUCUGAUAUCUCUACUGAAAAUCAGGCCAAUAUCGACUUCGAGCUAGAAAAGUUGAGAAUUGAACUUAGACAUAUUCGAGGAAUGUAUGCAAUGGCCCAAGGCGAGGCGAUUGAUGCUUCUAGGAAGUUAAUUGAAAUUCAGAAACGUCGUCUGGAGGAGGAAAUUAAUCUCAAACAGAUAAGUCUUAAGGAGGCAGAAGCGAAAGAGUUGGCCAGACAGGAGAAAGAGAGACAUGAAGCUGCCAAAAGAGAAGCCGAAUUUGUCAAGGAAUGUGCUGAAAGAGAAACUGCUGAAAGAAAAGAAGCAGAGAUGAGAGCUUCACGGGAGAGCAAAGAAAAGGAAAAACUUGAAAGUGCCUUGAAUGGCUCUUUCUAUCGGUACCGUCAAUUUACAUGGGAUGAAAUCAUAUCUGCCACCUCAUCAUUUUCUGAUAAUCUUAAAAUUGGAAUGGGAGCGUAUGGAGCUGUAUACCAAUGCAGCUUUCAGCAUACAACUGCUGCCGUGAAAAUUCUGCACGCUAAGGCUGGAAAUAUUGAGCCAAAUUCGUCAUCCGCACUUGCUGAUUCUUCUCGGUGCAUGUCCUGACCACGGUUGCCUAGUAUAUGAGUUCAUGGAGAACGGUAGCCUUGAAGAUAGACUGUUCAGAAAAAAUAAUACACCUCCACUUUUAUGGUUCGAUCGAUUCAAAAUUGCGUGGGAAGUAGCUUCAGCCCUUGUCUUCCUACACAAUUCAAAGCCGAAAGCCAUCAUACAUCGUGAUCUAAAGCCAGCAAACAUUUUGCUGGAUCGUAAUAAUGUGAGUAAAAUAGGAGACGUUGGCCUUUCAACAAUGGUUAACAAAGACUCGCUUUCGUUAUCCCCUGCAUACAAGGACACUGCUCCAGUGGGCACACUGUGCUAUAUCGAUCCCGAGUACCAAAGAACAGGAGUUGUCUCCCCUCAGUCCGAUGUAUAUGCAUUUGGAAUGGUUAUUUUGCAACUGCUGACAGCAAAACCGGCUAUUGCAUUAGCUCAUGAAGUGGAACUUGCUGUAGAGAAUGAUCGUCUGAUGGAGGUCUUAGAUCCAGAGGCCGGUCCAUGGCCAGUUGAAGAAACUAAUGAUUUGGCUCUCAUUGCCUUGAAAUGUACUGAACUUAGGCGAAGAGAUAGACCCGACUUGAGAGACCAAGUUCUACCUGUUUUGGAGAAAAUGAAAGAUAAGGCAGAGACAGCUAGAAAUUUAACAUUGAUCUCUCCACCACCACCUCCGGACCACUUCAAAUGUCCCAUUCUCAAGGAGGUAAUGACCGACCCUUGUGUAGCCGGGGAUGGAUACACAUACGAGCGCAACGCAAUAAAGGAAUGGCUUAAGGAGAAAGAUACAUCUCCCAUGACCAACUUACAAUUGCCACACAAAUGCCUGAUACCGGAUUACACCCUUCUUUCUGUUAUCAUGGAAUGGAAGUCUGGGAAACAUUGAAGUCAAUUUGCAUCUUCUAUUGUGAUUCUCUUAAUGAUUCUCGGCCCUUUUUUUUUGGUGUAAGCGCCGUUUAUGCUCUUAGUAGUUGCUUUCAAAUGUAUAGAGUAGAGGUACUGAUGAAAAAUUAGCUUUAUAUCCUCGGGUAGAGUCUCUUUCUAUUGUAGUGCAUAUAGAUCAAUUAGCAAGAAUGUGAUGCUGCAAAACUUCAAUUGUAGUUAUGGAGUUGUUUAAAACUUCUGUUAUUUUCGUGUA